GGUCUAAGCGAUUACCGCUUCACCAAUUCACCGGUCGACCGAUUAUUCGUCACCGUUGCAUGCCCACUCCUAAUUAUCCCUAAUCACUCCUAAUCAUCUCUAAUCACUCCUAAUCAAGGCUAAUCACUACUAAUCAAGACUAAUCACUGCUAAUCACUUAAAAUCAUAUCUAAUCAAAUAAUCAGCUGUUUCCCCUUGUAUAAAUGGCUCGAACAUACUGCUAUUCACUCAACAAGAACUAACUUGUGUGUAAAAUAUUGAACAUUUGUAACAAGAAUUAUCUUUUUUGUUAAAAUUUUGUCAGAAAGACGAUUAAUUGACCGAAAACACAUAGACUUAUACAUUCUGCUACACUUCUCAUCGUAUGGAUUCAUCAAUCUUAACAACAUUGACCACGCCAGAGAUUUGAAUUAAAUUGUCACUUAAAAAGGUCAAGUGAGGAAAAAACCAAACAUUUUCAAAUUUUUAUUAAUAAUUAAAUAAACUGACAAUGUUCUGAAAAUACAUGAUUUCUUGUAAAGUAGAAAUUUAACCUGAUUUUCUGAAAAAAAAACAUCAUUUUUUAACGGGAAUAGGAAGAUCAACAAUUGUUAUAAAAAAUAUUUAAAAAUUAUUUCUGAUUGCAUCAAAAAAGUAUCUAUAAAGUCUAUAAACAGUUAAAAAGCAAAACUACUUCCUGGAAUAUUAUUUGUACAAUCACUGUAAUAUGAAUGCUUGUUCAAUCAUGUAUAAAAGACAGUCGGUAGUAUUGAACAAUGAAUUUCCUUCGCUGUUACAGCUGCCAGAUAAAUGAUAUAUUUUUCGAUCGCAAUGAGAGUCAAUCUGCUAGGAUAAAUGGACAAGAUCAGUUUCUUUUUUCUCUUAUCACUGGCAAGAAUAUAAAAAAUAGAAAUUUGUCAAUAAAUAAAGUUGGUACUUUUUUUUCUAGUAUGAUUUUUUUAUCACAUAAACUACAUACAAAACUAACACAAUAUGUGUUUGAAUUUUCGAUCAUGAAUGAUUUCCUUUAACUUAUCUUUGUUUUGACAUUCAUAUAACAAUUAUCGAUUUGAACAUAAUUGAUGACACGAAAGAAGAGUAAAGCAUAUACAAAUUAAUUAGAUGAACGAAAGAGAAUAAUCAACACAUUGAAUAACGAUGAGAGUGGCUUGUCGUUUCGUGUUGUGAGAUUAUUUGAAUGAAUAAAAAAAAUGGUUGCUUUCUCAAAAAUGAUUGAAACGAUUAAAAAUAGUGAAACAUUACGAGAUAAUGAGUGUAAUUGUUCGCUCGCUUGUAUACUACUUUUGAAAAGAAAUUUUCUCCUGUCACGCUUCCACUACUCUUACAUAUAUGCAACUUCUUUUUUUAUAAUCAUCUUCAAUAAUAAUACGAACAAUACACGUUAUAAUAUAUCAAUGAAAUACUUCAUUUUUUUUACAUUACAAUGUCUUUGAACAAUAUAGUGUGUUGUUAGCUAUAAUUUAACUCAGUCUUAUCACACACUUUAAUCGAUCUAUCCGAUAAUACGAAAAUUUAAAUUUGGAUAGUCACAUUCAAAUGAAUUAUUGAAUGAACAUAUUCAAUGUUGUUAUCAACAAAUGACAGCGCUCAUGUUCUUAUAUGUAACAUCAUCGAUCACGUAAUAACCUUCACUGUAGAGUUUCAUUAAAUGAAUUUGAUUCUCUAUCGGAUUAAACGAUAGUUCGUUCAUCUUCAAAUAAAUUAUAAAUACAUUAAAUCGUUGAACAGUACAAACAUAUGAGUUUCUGUGCAUUCAUGUACAAAAAUAGAUGAAUAGUCUUUUUGACUGAAAAAUACUUUUCUGCAACAAUAAACCAGUUCAGUUAUGUUCUAUGAGCGUCACCGAAUAUGUUCGCUUGCUUGUAUAAUACGAUAUCUGUUUCAUUUCACAAGAAAAAGAAACAUGUCAUAAUUAAUUAUUGACUGUGAUGCUUUUCAUUUGAUAAGAAAAAUAAGAAUGUUCUCAUUCUCUUCUUAUCCACUAUCGAAAAAACAAUGAAGCUUUAGAGAUUAUUUCAUACGAAUAGAAAACAAAUUUAUUAUAGUACAAAUCAAUAUCAACACGUAUUCUUUGUUGUCUUUUAAAUAUGACUUUCAAAAUUGGUAGUUUAGACACGAAAUAGGAAUAGAAUGUCAAAGAAUGUUCAAAUAAUAAUUUUAAUCUUGGUGAUACAACUAGCAAAUAGCUGCUCGAUUCGCCUGUUCAGAUAGUAUUUAAAACAGCAAGUAAAAUCAUUGAAAACGGUGAUAUCUUGAUAAGUGCGCCAGCAACUUGAUCGAAAGAUACGCAGAAGAACUGAAUUAUCUUUAAUAUUAUCGCUGUUACUAUUAUAGGAUAAUCACUGUGUUUUUAUAUAGUGUAGUCAGCUCUUAUUCCGCUCGCAAGCAAAAUAGCUGAUUAACGGAGAGUUUUAUCGAACUUGCUACAGAGAUCAAUAACAAAAAUGAAAUGUUACAAAAAAUGAUGCCUGUUAUCAGUACCCAAUUUAUUAUGAGUCGAGCGAGACCCAAUAAUAAAUUCUAGAGUUUAGGAUUGACAUCAAAACUUUCAUUAAUGUGACCUUAAAGAUAUAUAGAAUCUAUAAAACACUUGUAAAAGAUCUGGAUGAUUUAAUGACUAGAAUAACGAAAGAAAUCGAAAUAAUAAAAAAACAAAUGUUACGUGAUGUCUUUUUAGAAAUUGUGAAACGUCUACAUUUUUGUAUUGAAGUUAAAGGCAAUACUUUUGAACAGUAUUUAUGAGCUUUGAAUUAGCCAAAAAAAACUUUAUGUUCUCCUCUUUCAAAUAAAAAAAAAGAUUAGAUUAAGCUUGUUUUAGUAAUGGAAUUAUACGCAUUUCUUAAGUGGACACGACUUUUGGGACACCAUGCUGAAACACAAUUUUACACUGUUAUCAUUUGAUUCUUUGAUUGUAUUAUGUCCGUUACUACAAGUACCAUAUCUAUUGCUCAUUCGAACAAAGGUCAUCGUCUACUGGUGCAAGAUAGUUUCAUUUAAAAAACGAACAAACAAAAAUUGUCCAAAUAAUAUUGAAUUUGUAAAACCAAGAACUGUAAAGUUCAUGUCCAUACUGAUCUCCAUAAUAAUUUCUUGAACUCAAGUAGUGAACAUAAUCGUCUUCCUCAACUAGAAGAUGUUCAAGUCAAACACUUCCGAGAUAUUGUCAAAGAGCAUGUCGUGAACGAAACAGCACCAAUUUCGAAAAUAUACGACGAAGAAAUUAUACAAGCUCGAUUUGCACCCGAAAUCCCUGCAACACCUAUUCUUUGUACUUCUGCUUCAUUCAAUAUUUCUGAUUCUUACCAUACCACAUCGAAAGGAGAAAAUUUCUUGAUUUGUGACAUGCUAGUUUCUCGUAGAAAAAGAAUGCUACUUUCUGGGCAGUUCAAAAGAACUUGAAAUUUUAUUUGAUAGCUCAUCCAUAUUAAUGGACGGCACCUUUUACCUGAUCCAAAUAAAAUAAUGUAUGAACAAUUAUUUCAAGAAUUAAAAUUUGUUGCUGCAUCAAGGAAUCCAAUAUUUAAACUUGAACGGAUAAUUAGUGAUUUCGAAAACGAUUUAAGUCCAGCGAUAUCUGCUGAAGUAAGCCGAAGUUGAAAGCUCAUUUUAAAAUUUACGUGCAGUAUUAAAUACAAGAGUAAAGAAAGAAUUUCGUUAAUUAUUUUUAUAUUUUAAUAGAUAUUGGAUGACUGAUGUACCAUUAGAAAUGCUGAAUAUACAUGGUUAUCAAUAUCGAACAAAUAAUAAUUGUGAAGGUAUAUAG